AACAACAUGAGCAUACCGGACAGCGACACGGAGAGUACAGUCUCCAGUCAGACUAGACCUACUACUGCGACCACCACCAAGUCGCAUCAUCAACAUCAGGUCUUUCCUUUCGCAUAUCCACCGCCCAAAUCCACCUCGUGUCUUCGCUUCACCUCACGCCUCCUACUCCAAAUCCAACAACUCCUGUCCGCCUCUCGCGCGCUUCCUGUCCUCGAGGUCUACCGACCCUCUAGCCUCGGCAAAUCCAUCUCCGGCUGCCCCAGCAAACUCCAUAGCCAGGACCUCUACGUUGUGCAAAGCGACUCCUAUCAAACCCUCGCCUCUUCGUACAAUAGUAACCACGAACCCACCUCCACCAACGCCGUGGUAGGCGUGAUCUACACCAACUACACCUUGCCCUGCAGGAGCAACAACAACAACCACAACACUAGUAGCGCUACUAGCAGUGGAAGCGUCUCCACCACCACCACCGAUCACAAAUCCCAACCCACAUCAUCACCCUCGACCACAUCAACAUCCUCAUCUAGCAACAACGCAAUCCACUUCCCUCAACUCCAAAUCACCUUCCUCGCCGCCCGCACCUCCCGCGGCGGUUAUAUCUUCCACUUCCUCCCCACCUCAUCCUCAUCUUCGCCCACAACAACGACAAACACAAAACGACUCACUCUCGAACUCGCCAAGAAAAAACCCAAGCGCAAAUCCACCCCGCCAAGAUCCUCGGCAUCUCCCACCCCCGACGACGAGGACGACGACGACAACGCAAUCCACGAGCACCCACCCCCGACGGAAACCACCCCGGAACCGGCGAGUUUCCUCCUCGGCCUUCGGGGCAACAGCUCGGACAUCUCCGCACCGCCGCCGCGCUCUCGGCCGUGGCUGGCUAGACUCUCGCACAAAGGGAUUAAGGUUCUUCAGGGCGAGCAACAGGAUCACCAGCGACGGCGGUUGUUGGCCGAGCUUGGGCUGGCGGAGAAUAGUCCGCAUAACGAGAUAGAUGUACUCUAUACGCUUGUUUUGAUGAUGGGGGUUUAUGCUGCGAAAAUGGAG